GAUUCCGCUCUUUCUUUUCCUGCUGAUAAUCUACACAUGUACUUGCAUUGAGAACCUCCUGAUCAUCUUUUUGGUGAAUAAAAGCCCUCAUCUCCAUUCCCCUAUGUACUUUCUGAUCAGUAAUUUGCUCUUUUGUGAAUUAGUCUAUACCACGAAUCUGGUUCCACUGAUGCUCCAUGACUUACUGUUGGGAAGAGGAGUCAUUUCCUAUCUUGGCUGCGUCAUCCAACUGAACGUUUUGGGAGGUGUGUCGGAUGUGGAGUCUUUCCUGCUUACGUUAAUGUCAUAUGAUAGAUAUUUGGCGAUCUGUAAGCCUCUGAGAUAUUCCGCUCUCAUUCACAACAGGCUGUGUUUGUAUGUAAUGAUUUUGUUCUGGUUGAUCUCAUUCUUGAGUGUGGCGGUGGUAUUUUACUUGUUAAUUAACCUGAAGUUUUGUGGCCCUGUUAGUAUCGACCACUUCCAUUGUGACUACACAACCCUGAUUUCCAUAGCAUGCUCAGACAUAAGUGUUUUAAUGAUUUAUGUCUUGGUCAUCAGCACUACCCUGACACUUGGACCUUGUCUACUCAUUAUCCUGUCGUACGUUUUUAUCAUCGUUGCAAUUCUCAGAAUUAAGUCAUCGUCGGGAAGACAGAAAGCCUUCUCCACCUGCAGUUCACAUCUCCUGGUGGUGACUUUGUAUUUUGGCACACUUUUCGGCCUGUAUGUGAUGCCAAGGAGCAGCCAUUAUAUCAACCUCUAUAAAGGAUUGUCCUUUGUCUACUUUGCAGUGACUCCGCUAUUAAACCCCAUCAUUUAUACUUUAAGGAAUCAGGAUAUUCAUAAAGCUAUGAAGACGACAAUACAUGAAGUGAAACAAUAUUGUACUACAGAAACACAUUAAAAAUUACAGGAAAUAUAGCUUCACUUGAUCAUUGAGGCACCCAUGCCACUAGGGGGCCCCAUAAGGGUUGCCAG